AGAGAGAAAAAGGAAAUCGAAUUAAAAUUAUCAUCGAGGAUCACGUCAGAUUCGAGGCACGACGACGACUACGAACUUGUUCUCCAUUAUCAAAUCAAUCAGCUCCUCUAAAAAAACCCUAAACUUCUCUUAGAUCGAUCGGAGGAAUCUGCGGCAAGCUAUAAUGGCCAACAGUAAUUUGCCGCGAAGAAUCAUCAAGGAAACUCAACGUCUGCUCAGUGAACCGGCUCCCGGUAUAAGCGCCUCUCCUUCUGAGGACAAUAUGCGCUAUUUCAAUGUUAUGGUUCUUGGUCCUUCACAAUCACCUUAUGAAGGAGGAGUUUUCAAGUUGGAGCUCUUUUUGCCUGAAGAAUACCCCAUGGCAGCUCCCAAGGUUAGGUUUCUCACAAAGAUAUACCAUCCUAACAUUGACAAGCUUGGAAGAAUAUGUCUUGAUAUUCUGAAGGACAAAUGGAGCCCUGCACUACAAAUACGAACCGUGCUCUUAAGUAUUCAAGCUCUUCUGAGUGCACCAAAUCCAGAUGAUCCGCUGUCUGAGAACAUUGCUAAGCAUUGGAAGAGUAAUGAGGCAGAAGCUGUGGAGACUGCCAAGGAAUGGACCCGUCUUUACGCAAGUGGUGCAUAGAGGUUCUCUUUUCAUCCAAAUAACAUUACAUGUGAUGAAAUCUAUCCCAACAUCAAAGUUAAAAGAAAGUUUAUAUUUUGCUGGUUCUUCCCCCUCAUAAUUACAAAAUUGUGUUUUCGUCUCCAUUAAGCUGUAAUCUCAUCUGAAUCACUGUAUCAUUACUAAUAGGAUAAAACUCGUUUUUCAUAUUUGAAGUUCUUCAUGGUUCUUUGAGUCAAAAGGAAGUCUUUCUUAUACUGUGUCUAGCUCUGUAAAUUACAAGUUUCAACGAAAUCCAAAGGUUGUUUGAUCA